CUAUUUUAUUUCACAACUCCAACAGAUCAUUUAUAGAAAAUAUGAACAACCUCUUAAUUCUGUAACCAUCAACUAAGUCGCACAUUUAUAUACUCUCCCGUGAAGACAAGUUCAAACAAUGAAAAUGCUACUGUUACUAUCUGUACUUACUACACUAUCUCUUGUUGUUGGAGUUGACAGAGGAAACUUUAAAUCAUGUGACCAAAGUGGAUUCUGUAGGCGCAAUAGAAACAUGCAGCCUGGAGAAUCCCCAUACUAUCUGCUUAUGAAUAAUUUGAAGGUUUCACCAACAAAAAUAGAAAGCCGUCUUGCUAAUGCAAAAACAGGUGUUCUGUAUACACUGGAAAUCAGUGCCUUGAUGGAUGGAAUGUUGCGAAUGAAAAUUAAUGAAGCAACUCCAAUCAGACAAAGGUUUGAGGCAACUGAAGCACUAAAUGGAGAACCUAAAGAGACCAGUUUAAAGCUUGUUUCUCAGAACUCUGAAGGUAUGACAAUAGAGUUUGGAAAAAAUAAAGCCAUUAUUCAUGCUAAUCCCUUCCGUCUGGAUGUUUACUCUGGAGACCAGCAUGUUAUUAGUGCCAACACUAGGGGUUUGAUGAAGUUUGAACAUUACAGAACAAAAGAGCAACCAAAACCAGAGAAUCAAGAACAAGAAGGUCCUGCAAACCAGGUGGAAGAAGAAAAGCCUGCUGCCGAAGUAGAAGACAUGGAUGGAGCAUGGGAAGAACACUUUAAAAGUCAUGCAGACUCCAAGCCAUUUGGUCCUUCUUCAGUGGGAAUGGACUUUUCUUUUGUUGGAUUCAAACAUGUGUAUGGAAUUCCUGAACAUGCUGAUGCAUUCUCUUUAAAACAAACAAAAGGAUCCACAGACCCAUAUCGACUUUAUAACCUGGAUGUAUUUCAGUUUGAAGUUAAUAACCCUAUGGCUCUUUAUGGAUCAGUACCCUUCAUGGUUGCUCACAGUGAUAUAAAAACAGUAGGACUUCUCUGGCUAAAUGCAGCUGAAACAUGGAUUGACAUAGAACCUGCUACUCAACAGAGUGUUGUUUCAUCUAUUGUUGACUUUGUGAAGGGCAGUACUCAGUUGCCACAGACUGAUACUCACUGGUUCUCCGAAAGUGGAAUCAUCGAUGUCUUCUUUCUCCCAGGACCAGGUCCAAAAGAUGUGAUGAAACAGAAUGCUAUUUUAUCAGGAACCACACCAUUGCCUCCAUACUUUUCAAUUGCUUAUCACCAGUGUCGUUGGAAUUAUAAUGACCAAGAAGAUGUCAGAAAUGUUGAUGCUAAUUUUGAUGAGCACGACAUUCCUUAUGAUGUAAUUUGGUUAGAUAUUGAACAUACAGAUGGGAAAAAGUAUUUCACAUGGGACAACCAUAAAUUUCCAAACCCUGAAGAAAUGAUUAAUAACGUCACUGCUAAAGGUCGUAAAAUGGUUACAAUUAUUGAUCCUCAUAUCAAGCGAGACAGUGGCUACCAUAUCCACAGUGAAGCAACAAGUAAGGGUUACUAUGUCAAAAAUAAAGAUGGACAUGAUUAUGAUGGCUGGUGUUGGCCUGGGUCAUCUGGCUAUCUAGACUUUGUUAAUCCAGAGGUACGCGAUUGGUGGGCCAGCAAAUUUGGGCUUGACCACUACAAGGGAUCAACUCUUCAGCUUUUUACCUGGAAUGAUAUGAAUGAACCUUCUGUAUUCAAUGGUCCAGAAGUUACCAUGCAUAAAGAUGCCAAACAUUACGGAAGCUGGGAGCAUCGUGAUUUACACAACAUGUAUGGAAUACUCAUGACAAUGUCAACUUACAAGGGGCAUUUACAGAGGUCAAAUGGUCAUCUGCGGUCAUUUCUUCUUUCUCGUGCCUUUUUUGUAGGGUCACAGAGAUAUGGUGCAGUGUGGACAGGAGACAAUACUGCUGAUUGGGAUCAUCUUCGUAUCACUGUCCCAAUGCUCUUAUCUAUGAGUAUCUCAGGAAUCACAUUCUGUGGGGCUGAUGUUGGAGGCUUUUUCAUGAAUCCUGAUGCUGAACUAUUAGUGAGAUGGUACCAGGCUGGAGCUUUUCAACCAUUUUUUCGGGCCCACUCACAUUUAGAAACUAAACGAAGAGAACCUUGGCUGUUUGAUGCAGAAACAAAGCAAUUAAUCCGUGCAGCAAUCCAAAAACGUUACUCUCUUCUCCCGUACUGGUAUACCUUGUUUAUGGAAAAUGAACAAAAUGGAAUGCCCCCAAUGCGACCUUUGUGGAUGGAAUUUCCGUCAGAUCAGACAACAUUUGAUAUGGAUGAUGAAUAUAUGAUUGGUUCUUCUCUUUUGGUACAUCCUGUCAUGGAAUCUAAAGCAACAAAUGUGGAGGUUUAUUUCCCAGGAGAAAAUCAGGUGUGGUAUGAUGUAGAUAAUUACCAGAAAUUCAAUGGGCUAGAAUCUUCUACAAUUCCUGUAACUAUGAGUAAAAUUCCUGUGUUCCAACGAGGAGGAACAAUUAUUGCAAAGAGAGAGAGAAUGCGUCGUAGCUCAUCUUUAUCUCAUGAUGAUCCUUAUACACUCAUCGUUGCUCUAGAUAAAACAGGGCAGUUUGCCAAUGGUAAUCUUUACAUUGAUGAUGGACAUACAUUCCAGUACAAACAAGGAGAAUAUAUUUAUCAAGGGUUUUCUUUUAAAAAAGACACUCUAACAAACCAUGCUCUUCAAGGUUCAGAGAAGUUUGAAACAAAAGCUUGGUUAGAAAAAGUGAUUAUUAUUGGCAUAUCAACAGAGCCAAAAACAGUACAAGUGGAAAGCCAUGAUUUUGGUAAAAAAAAUCUUCUCUUCACCUACAAAAGUAGCACUCAACUUUUAAUAAUUCGAAAGCCAGCUGUAAACAUUGAAGCAGAGUGGAGUAUUAAGCUACUUUUUUAAUGAUUCUCUGGCACUUAAAGUAUAACUCUAAUUCAUCAUACACAAUUUUGAGUGAACCUGUACCGAAAUUAUGUCACUUUUUUGUCUGAUUUUUUUUUAUGUCUAUAUAAUUAUUCGAUUUUUUUUAUGUGUACACUAAUGCUUUGUAUCGGAGUAUUUGGAUGAUGGAGAUAUUUCUCUUUGAGGAGUUGUUUAGCUUAACUUAAUGAUGUUUUAUUUUUUUAACAAGGGGUCAGUAACUGUUGAAUCAUUAUAUUAGAAUUUGGUUUAAAAGUUAUAUUUGAUCAGGAAAGGGAUGUGUAUAAUCAAAAAGCAGUUCGGUGUGAUAUAUAAUAGAAGUAUAUAUAUCAUAAGUAUUGUGUAAACUCAAUAAGAAGGUUCGCUUAGAGCUUUGUAUUUUAUUUCAUAGCACUUGAAAAUUGUUGUGGGACAGGGCAAGUAAUUGAGUUUAUAUAUUUUGAAUCAUACUGUAUGUUUAUUCAUGUUACAUUUCAAUAGGGAGAUAAAAGAUAAUUUUAUCAAUUUAAAUAUUUCUUAUAAUGAAAUAAAACCAUUAAUUUAUUAUGUUUCAAAAACAGCUGCAAUUUGUUUCAAAUCUCAACCAAAUUACUUAGAUGCUUAAAGAACAGAUAGUCAUAAAUAUGUAGAUUUUAGUGGUACUUCUAAAUAAGUUAAAAACUAAAAUGUAUCUGAUAUUCUAAGAUUUCAAUCAUAAAUUUUGAAGAAAUAUUCAAUAUUAGACCUGUAUAUUAAAUGCUUUGUUAUUGGUUUGUUAACAAAGAGCAAAGACACUGCAUAAUUAUUGUUUCGAAUGUUUCUCGGUUAACAUUUAAAUCACUGUAAUUCAGCAUUUUCAGUACUGUUAAACACUGAUAAACAUUUAUUUGGCUGUGAUUUUAAUGUGUUAUAAAUUAACAUAUAUGCUUGUGCAAAAGUAAAAAAAAAACUAUCUUAUCCAAAAAAGAAAUUAAAUAGCUGUCUAUAAUUUUUUUAACUUCAAUUUAAACUGUGAAUAACUUUUGUUGAUUCUUUUCAAACAACAUCAGAUUUAGUGAGUGUACCUUCCAGAUCAAUGUGGCAUAUUACCUAAAGCUAGCAGCUUAUAAUAUGGUUUGAUAAACCAGUACAUCAGUUUUUCCGUUUAACUAUUGUUCUCGUAACUGACAACUUAUUGCUGCAUGAGACAUUCGAGAUAUUUAAUCACAUUUUUCUUAAAUAUUUUGUCUGUUUUUAAAAAUGCCCCAAAUGUUUAACCUUUGAAUAAGAUCUUUUAUUAGAAGUGACAAUGAUAUUAGAUACAACAUACAGAAACAAAACGUAAUCAUUUUGCUGUUUAAACUCCCUAUCAAUUUUUAUUCUAGCGUUUUAUAAAACCCCACAAGUGUCAUUAUUGUGAAAAAUCUCCUGUAUUAACUUAACGGGCAUCAUUCAGAAUUCCUAACAUUAAAAAAAGGAUUGUUUCCCAGAAUUGGGACAUUUAAGUAAACAAUUUGGAUUUCUUGCCAUCAGCACAAAUCCUGUUAUUCCAUCAAUUUUAUUUUUACUGGAUGUAUUUGAAAUAUAGGCACUUUCAGCAAGGUAAUAUUAUAGGUACAUUUCUAUAAAGUAACUCCAUUUUUUGUUUACGUAAAAGACCAACUGUUCAGUUCACAUGUGAAACGUAGUUUCAAAAAAACUACGCAAUGAGAAGCAGAGUAUCCAUGGACAAAAUUUCUAUCAAUAAUUAGAUAAUUUUUUUGUUUUUGUUAAGUAUUACAAAAAGUCCUCCAGUAUUAAUCUUUUUAGCUAAUUUGUUGGAUACUUCACUCAGAAAUGUAAGUUAAGAAAUAAGCUAUAAUACACACUAUAUAAAACAUGUGGUCUCCACUCGUGUAAUGAUUUAGUAUUGGAUUCAAAUUUUACCUCAAUGUCACUUUCUGUAACAAACCACAGAUUUAACUUUAGGUGAGACAGGAUAUACUUAGUCGAUUGCAACUCGUGGUCAGUUGAAACACGUGUUUAUUAGCUGUAAACAUUUGUAACCACAGUUAAAAUAUGAAUAUUGUUUUAUUUGUAAAUACAGAACAUUUUUAUUCCACCUAGUUUUGAACAUGUACUGCACCAGAUGUUGAUACCGUUUUUUUAAUUGAAAAAGGAGAAUUAAAGGUACUUAAGUUAGUUACACCGGUUCGACAAUAGUAUCACCGAAAGCUUAAAUAAUUAAACUAUCCAUUAAACCUGACGAGCUAUAUAAAUAUCUAAAAUGGUAAGAUUUCAUUACUAUUAUUAAAACGAUAGUACUGACCUAGUAAAAAUGAUGAAUAGUCUCAUGUAUAUUUAGGAAGAACGGCUGACCUUUGGCCUAAAUUCCAUAGUACUCAUCAUUUCAUGGCUUAAAAGCAAAUAUUUGGAAGCAUAAAAAUAACAUUUAAUAGACUUUUGUGGAAUAAAAUUGCGUAAAUAUACGUAAGAGGGUCAACAACGACAAAUGCCAACAGUCACUUAUGUUUUAAUGGAAUGAAAGAAAUGUUUAUUCAGAAGUGUAGCUUUUUUUUCUCUCUUUUAAGUGAAACCUACAUAACUUAAAUAUCUGUUGUAUUGCUCUACAUAUAAUUUCGUUAUUCGAGGGAUUUUGUACGAAUUUCGAAGGUUUUUUUUUUAUGGUUGUUGUUAGUGAAUUAUCCACAUCGUGUCUAUUCCGUUAUUGUGGGAUGUAUAUUUGUUUCUUCUUAAAACUUUAGUGCUUUAAAAUAAAGCUGUUUUACAUUGGAAAA